AUGGUUCUCAUCAUCCCGGAUUCACCAUCAUCAGUUGAUAAGCCUUCUACAUCGAUAUCAUUUUCUCUUAAUAAGAAAUCAGAAGUUCAGCAUCAUAUGACACGCUCAUUGUCAGUUCCGGUGAAUACUAAAGUGAGAAGUUUAAGGCGGACUGAAUCUGGUGGAGGUUUAAUCCGUGUAAUUUCUACGACUCCUCGUUCUGCAGCUGCUGAGAAGACAUCAGUGAAUGAUGACUCAGCAACUGAAACCGCUAGUGAAGAUGCAGGUGAAGAUAUUUCUGAAGAAGAAGCAGUUUGCAGAAUUUGUUUUGCUGAGCUUGGGGAAGGAGGUGACAUGUUUAAGAUGGAGUGUAGCUAUAAAGGGGAGCUUGCACUUGCUCACAAAGAUUGUGUAGUGAAGUGGUUCAGCAUCAAGGGAAACAAGACAUGUGAUGUCUGCAAGCAGGAUGUCCAGAACCUACCAGGGACAUUAUUAAAAAUAAAAAAUCCUCAAAAUGUUGUCAGGCCGCCAGCAUCUGUUAUUCAGCAGAGAGAAGUCGCUCGUUGCAGGCAUGUCUGA